UUUGUUUGCUUUGAUAAUUUGUUAUUACCACUGUAACACUGACCGCUCUCUUUGUUAGAAAACAGCUGAUUAAUUGAUACAGUGCUUAAUUAUUUUAUUAUUUUCAUCAACAGCAACAUAAAUUCUGCGUUAUUAUAAGCGGAUCAUAGACGCAAAUAAUUUCCUAUGACAAACUCAUCAGUUGUUUUAAUAAUUCCGGUAAUUCUGGGAGACACUGUGAUCACAUGAGCUCAUGUAAUUGCGUUAAAUUAAACGUUACGUUAAUCCGUUUGAACGCGGAAGAACAGAUGACAUAAUCAAAGCCAACUUCAGGGAUUCGAGACAUUUGUCCCGAACACUCUGUCAGGAAUGUCUGGAGAAAAGUGUGACUCUGAUGAUAAUCAAGAUUCUUCUGCCGACUGUGUUAAACAAACUUGUGUUUUCUGUAAAAUCGCGAACAGGGACGAUCCAUCCACUGAGAUAUUGGCGGAAGAUGAGGACAUUGUUUGUUUCAAGGACAUUGAUCCAGGUGCACCUCAUCACUACCUGGUUAUACCAAAGAAACAUAUCCAUAGCUGUUUGUCACUCCAAGCAGAUGAUAUAAAUCUAGUGAAGAAGAUGGCAGAUAUGGGAAGAGAUGUACUGAAAGCCAAGAAUGUCACAAAUUUGGAAGACAUCAGUCUAGGUUUCCACGUGCCUCCUUAUAUCACUGUUCCGCACCUGCACCUCCAUGUUCUAGCACCUUUCAGUCAGUCGUUUAAAUGGUCACGGUGCAAGUAUACAGCCAUCUGGUACCUCACUGAGGAGACGCUGCUUAAGAAACUGAUGGGGGAUAAAAAAAGAAAACAAUGGAGAUGUAACAAUUGCAUGCUGCCUUGUGUAGCGUUGUGAGCCUUAUUAUUGAACAAAAAACCUGAAAUCACAAGGCACUUUUUUUUUUCAUUUUCAUAUUUUAUAUAUAUAUAUAUAUUUUAUAUAAUGCUAACAUAUUUUAAAAACUGCUAUGGUAUCCUUAGAACUGAAAAUUACUAUUUAUAACUAAAGUGUAAUAUAAACAGUAACAUUUUUGUGUGAUUAAUUAUAUAUGUUAGUACACAUUUUACAUGCAACAUUGUGAAAGAUUUAUCAUACAGUGAGGCAUGUUUUCUUCAAUGUUCAUGGUCAUAUUUAUCUGAGGGCCACAUCAUGUCUUAAGUGUGCGGUUCUUGGUGUGAAUAAGCUGCUAAAUAAGUCUAAAUCAAGGUAAAUGUGCCAAAGCACUACACAUGCCAGAAACACAUGAAAUUAAGAAAUAUUGAAAAACGUUAAUGGACAAAGGAUAAACAGACUUGCAGUACAAUCAUCGAAACAUGGUAGCAUGGAUCAAGUAAGUUUUAUUUUUAUUAUUAAUUGAAAUAAAAAUAAAAAACUUGAUUCCUCUAACUACGCUUUAUUCCUUUUAUUUUAUAUUUAUUAUUUUAUGUUACGUGUGCUGCAUUAGACCAUCCGGGACCUGUCACGCCACUUACAUAUUGAUACACUGUUGUUGGUUUGAUUGUUUCUAUUGUCCUCAUUUGUAAGUCACUUUGGAUGAAGGCAUCUGCUAAAUGAUUUAUGGUAAAUGUAAAUAAAAGAUUGUUUUCCAUAAACAUUAGAUCACAUCUGUGGCAU